AUGAAGGAUGCAAACGGCGGCGAAGGAGAUCUCCUCGGCUUAGUCCAGCAAGUCCCGCUGCAGUGCGGCGCAGUCACCACUUGGGCGAAUCUCUACAUCACCGACCACGUUCCCUUCGACCUUCUCCUCCGAUGGCUGUGGCAGUGUGACAACCAGGUCACCAUCGAUGAGCGACCCGACGGAACUUAUCUCAUUUUCAAGAACCCACACUCCUCCAACGGUGAGCACGAGCUUCUCGCGACUCCAGAGCACCCUCUCGACUUCGAACCUCAUUCGCACAUUGUAGAAUCCAACUCGGCAGACUCUUUUCUCAUUUCGGCACUGGAACCUAGUACUCAUAUUAUCGAUACCCCGAUUCUACCCACGGACACUCUCGCGCCCGCUGACUGGAACUCUGAGCCCACGCCCUUGAAUGUUGAUGAACGCUAUCGCGCAGGAAUCUAUCGCGGCGACGCCUAUCCGUGCUCAUUCGGAUAUUGGCAGGGCAGCCGCUACGAGGACUGGUACAUACCCAAUGUGACACUUUCGGGCAGAGUAUUUGGACCUCUCGGAAUUUAUUCUAGCCGCGGACACCCCUUCGAGUGCGAAGGGCACUCUUUUGUUCGAUUUUUCCUGCAUGACUACACUAACUGUGAUUGGCCGGGUGCGACGUCAGUCAACGACGUCGACCUCCCGAAUCUCGAAUAUCCUGUCGCACGUGAAGAAGACCCCCCCGUCACAGAUAUAGGUCUAAUAGCACCCUUGCCUUGGAGAAUACCCACGGAAGCCACAUUUAUCGACGACCCCACGCCGCAUGGGAUUGGUCCUGACAGUACCGCGAACCCCUUCCCCUUCGACACGACAUUCAAUGCGACGAAAUUGGAGCCUUCGUCGAGCUCGGCCCCAAGGACAUGCGAUCCCCGUUGUCUCCUGAAGACGGUCAUACAAGACGAUCGUAUCAUUACAAUGGCCACGGAUUCCUCUGUCCCCGUCGCUCCUCGACAUUAG